AUGCACGCUGCCAUGAUCGCCUCCGGCCGCCUCGCCGAGGCGCUUUCGCCCCUCCGGCUCCUGACCGCCACGCUGCGCUCUCCCCAGAUCCCAGCUGCCGCCCGACUUCGCGCUCCUCUCCUCUCCUCCCUCCCCUGCACGCCCAACUCCUUCACGCUCAACACCACACUCCGCGUGCUCGCCUCCUCCCCGGAUCCGGCCGCCGCCUUCCCCUUCUUCUCCCGCCUACGCGUCACUGGUGCCCUCGCGCCCGGCCGGCCCACCUUCCCCUUCCUCCUAAAGGCCGCCGCGCGCCUUCCGCUCCCGCUCCCCGUCACCGAACAGCUCCACGCGCUCGCCGUCAGGCACGGGGUCCACCUCGACGCCUACGUCGCCAAUGGCCUCGUUCGGGGCUACUCUGUGGUGGGCCGCCUCCGGGCCGCGCGCAGGGUGUUCGACGAGGUGCCCGAGCGGAACGCGGGCGUGUACACUACCAUGGUCUCCACGUACGCGCAGAACGGGCGGCACGAGGACGCGAUGGCGGCGUUCGAUGAGAUGGUCCGCGUGGGCUUCCAGCCCUGCGGCGCCAUGCUGGCAUCUGUGCUGUCGGCGUGCGCGCGGUCAGCGUCGGGCGGGCUCGAGAUGGGCCGUCACGUGCACGACCUAAUGGUGGCACGGGGCAUGGCAGUUGGCACCAUCCUCGGCACGGCGUUGAUCGAUAUGUACGUCAAAAAUGGCGCAAUCAAGGAGGCGUUUGCAGUUCUGGACGGGCUGCCAGAACGGCGCGUGCCGGUGCAUGGAACGCUCUCAUCUCGGGUCUGGCACACCACGGGCACAGCGGGCGCGCGCUCGACCUUUUCAGGCGGAUGCAGCAGGAGGGUGUGCCACCGAACGCAACCACACUCGUCGGGGCGCUCUCGGCAUGCUCCCACCCAGGGCUGCUGGACGAGGCCCGCCGACUGUUUAGGUCCAUGGAGAAGAACUUUGGGAUCGCUCCAGGAAUCCAGCACUAAGGAUGCAUGGUGGACCUCCUUGGUUGUGCCGGCCUCUUGUCGGAGGCAGAGGAUAUGA